CUAGGCAUAUUGUGAGAUGGCAUUUUUCUUCACCUCCAUUCUUGCUGACCUCUCCCUGGGCGUGGCAGCAUGCUUCGCUCUGCUGUACUUCUACAUGACACGUAAAUACAAUUGUUGGAAGGAGAGGGGCAUCCACUACAUGAAGCCGGCUCCGUUCGUCGGGAACAUGUGGCCCGUGUUCCUGCAGAAGCAUAGCAUCGGCUCUUACCUGCGUCAUGUGUACGAGGAGGCACCGGAUGAGCCUUACGUCGGGAUAUUCGCCCUGGAAAAGCCCAUCCUCGUGAUCCGCGACCUAGACCUCGUGCGAUGUGUCUUGGUGAAGGACGCCCAAGUCUUCCUGGACAGGACCUUCGCCCCGCAGGAAGAACAGGAUCCCUUGAUAGCUAAGAGCCUGUUCGGAAUGAAGGGAAAGAAGUGGCGGCACCUUAGGGUCAAGCUCUCACCAACCUUCACCUCCGGAAAGAUGAGGAAGAUGUUCUACUUGGUCGACGAAUGCGGGUGCCAGCUGCUGGAGUUAAUCAGUCAGGAGAUAUCGACAGGAAGGCCGGUGUCGGUGAAGGAGACGAUGGCCAGGUACUCGACCGACGUCAUCGCGUCGUGCGCCUUCGGCGUGGACGCUCAAGCGCUGAAGGACGGUCAGUGCGAGUUCCGCUCCGUCAUGCGGCGCGUGAUGGAGCAGACCUUCCUGCAGAACUUGGCCCUCAACCUGGCCUUCCUCGCGCCCUCCGUGGCGCGCGCCCUCAAGAUGACCACAAUGGACCACAGCAUCCUGGAUUUCGUGCGCAGGACGCUGUGGGACGUGGUCGACCACCGCAGGAGGAACGGCGUGGUGCACAAGGACUUCGUGGAUCUGCUGAUGCAGAUCAAGGAUGGGAACGAGAUCCGUGCAGAGGACAGCAAGGAUGUGGAGGAGAUAAAGGAGGACAACGACCUCACGAACAUCGGGUACAAGAACAAAACCGAGGAGGAGAACAUGAAACUGGAUGGAGAUGACUUUGUAGCACAGGCCUUCAUUUUUCUUGCUGCUGGUUUUGAAACGUCUUCAACUGUGCUGAACUUCACGCUAUAUGAGCUUGCUUUGAACCCGUACAUCCAGGACAGACUGCGACAGGAGAUCGUCUCUGUGCUGGACAAGUAUGAGGGCAAGGUGUCGUACGACUGUUUCAAGGAGAUGAGCUACCUGGACAUGGUGAUAGCAGAAUCUAUGAGAAAGUAUCCAACACUUCCCUUCUUGGAACGGAAGAGCUCUACUGAAUACAAGGUUUCUGGCACCAACUUCACCAUACCCAAGGAAACCACCGUGAUGAUUCCAGUGUGGGCCAUUCACAAUGACCCCAAUCUGUACCCGUUACCAGACAAGUUUGAACCUGAAAGAUUCACUCCUGAAAACAAGGAAAAAAUACAUCACUUUGCGCAUCUGCCUUUCGGAGAAGGUCCGAGAAUAUGCAUAGGCAUGCGGUUCGGCCAGAUGCAAGUGAAGACCGCCCUGGUCCACGUGCUGUCCAGCUUCCAAGUGAGGCCUUGCUCGACCACGCCCAAGCCACCGCUGGUCAUGAAGAACUUCGGCGGCACCCUAAUUCCCAGGGAUGACAUACUGCUCACGUUCACCCGGGUCGCGAACUGAAGACUUUCGCUUCCGCUUUCUCGUAUCCUUCCCAUUCCCGCAUUGGCCAAUCCGCAGUAGCGGGCCUAGUAAUGGCGGGGUCUUUGGUUUUUUUUUUUUUUUUUACUUUUGUGGAGGGCCCCCCUGGAAAAUUUGAAAAAUUAACUCUUUGAAACUAAAUUUUAAGUCGCAUGGAACUUAAACUUGAUGUAAGCUUUUGGACAUACGCUAUUGCUAAACUUAAACUUCGACGUUGGUUUUGCUAAUUCAUCUUAAGAAAUUUUAAUUUUUUCCUGGUAAAUUAUCCUUGGGUGAGUUUUGUAAAUGCUUAAAAGCAAAUUCCGGUGGAACUGCGUAAUUAUACGUGACAAUAAACACUUCACAAGUUUUUCUAAUACGAAAUCAUGAAUUUAAAUAUAUAUUGACCAGCAUCUUAGUUCACGUACUAAAAAAAAUUAAUUUUCCUUUUGCCAUUAAUGUCCAUAUUUUGGCAGGACACUAGAUACACAAGCACAAUAAAAAUGUGUACGUGGAAUCCACCGGCAGCCAAAGUGAAACUUCUUGCUUCGUAGGUAUAAAUAUAGAUACUUUUUUUUAUUGAACAAAAGAUAAUGAUUGAGAAUAGUUUUAUUCUUAAAUACCAAUAAAACUGUUUGAACUUAAAAAUAUGCCUCUUUUUAAAGUAAAGAAAAAUAUUAGCCUGUUCCCGAAUACAUUCUUAAAGAACAGUUUAGCCUAAAAAAAAAACCUUGAAAAGUGCAUCUUUAAGUGUGGCAGCCAUUUUGUUGACCUUCUGAAUAGCUGCAACGAUCCUUACAAAAUAGCCUAAGCGACUUUUCGUGAAAGAAUGAGUCACUCGCAUCCUUUCAUGCACCUUGUGGCCUUUGAGGGGUUUGUGGCGCUAUCUUUGAGUAAAAAAAAAAAAAAAAAAGAAAGACACAGUUUGGGGCCACGCCGUAGAUUUUUCGUGAAAAACAUCGGGUUAAAAUUAUAACAAGUUUUUUGUAUUAAAUAUGAAAUUUAAUUAUCAAUCGUAACAAUCACGCAUGCGCCUACACUGGUCACAGGUUAAACAAAUACUGCUCGACAAACACGUACAGACAUGAUCUAUCCGUUGUGGGCU